AUGGUGACUGUUAACCAGAUUGUGGAUAUCACACCUCUCAAGCAUGUUUUCAUGCAUCGAUUUCAUAGCGCGUCGGGAGAUUGGGUGACCGAGCUUGAGGCGAGGCGACACUCCUUGGGCUGGCAAGAGCUCGAGAUUCGUCAGGUUCCGUGGCGAGUGACCUGUCAGCUCCUUAGUCGCUGUACGUGUCUCGUUUCGUUGACAUUGACGAUUGAUUGGAGAGAGACACCAGCAUUGGUCAAGCUGAUCCCCCGGCUUGCCGUCCUCGAGCACAUUGUCAUCGAAUUAGUCUGGGACACGUCGCCACACACGCUCGUCAUAUCUAAUGAGGAUACCAAGGAGGAAACAAGGAUUCGGACAAUAGGACUCGUUCUGGACUCGCAUACCUCAAGAAUGGACAUCACUACCGAUAUCCUACUUCCCCUACUUCGCAUGUCCCAACACCUGGAGUCACUGAGGCUCUCUAAUACUCGUCUAAGUAAGCUUACCCUUACAGAGAUUGACAAGCUCAAGAGGUUGCAAAAACUUGUCUUCAAUGGGUGCGAAUAUGAACUCGCAUCAAACGAGACCAGGCAUAUACUGGCCUCGCCUAAUUUGGAGAUUGUGGAACUCCGUGGGUCUAUAGACAUCUUUGAAUCACUUGGAAGCACGACUGCAAGUGAGCUUUACUGCGAACUUAUGCCCUCUACGACCGAGAAUAUACCGGAGGCUAUUAAAGUCAGUGAACAGGAGUGGCCCUCGCUCAGCGUUUUCAGUCUGGGGACCGGUGCCACCACAAAAGUUUAUGAUAUCGGCUUGGUAAAUUCGUUGGAGCGACUGACAUUAUCGAGCCGAUCCAUAGCCACAGCAACGAUCCACUACCUGGCGAUACAUCCCACCGAGCUUCCUUUACUCGACACACUCGAGCUAUAUACCUGUCCCGAAUGGGACAUUCUCUUUAUCAUGCUCGAGAAGAGGCUUCUUGUACAGACGAGCAACGUCAAGUCAAUCGAAAGGAUAACAUUUAACCGAGAUCCACCACCUACAAUCAAGCAGCCUCUUGCUCGGCUUCUAGCCGGACAUAUCGUCUCACGACCAUCAAAUUACGAGCUAUCCAUGCUAGGGAAUCUAGACGCCUUUUUGGAUGCAGACCUGUGA